AUGGCUUGUUCCUUCUAUGGAAACCUAUAUGGAGCUGCUGGAAGCCAAGUUCCCGAUCCUUCAUCUCAAGGUUUGUUUGGCUUUGAGAAUCAUCACCAAACUUUGCUUGAUGAAGGAGAGAGCUCAGACAAUACAAGUGGAAGUGAUUCUGUUAAGAAUUUCAGGUUCAGCCGUCUUCCUUCUCUUUCUGGUCCAACCAACUCAAAAGGCACUCCUCUACCAGAAGAAGCUCAAUCUGUUAUCAACUUCAAGACUGGUUAUGAUAAUUGGGAGAGACCAAGUGAGUCUUUGCUUAGCUUCGAACAAGGGGACCGGAUUUUUCAUCAACAAGAGGAGUCCUCUAUUUGGGGAGAUGCCAUGGACAAGAAUAACAUGUGGAAUCAACUUAAUACAAAGUGUAGCAUUGAAUCUCGCCUGUCCGACGAUUCUAGUUGUUUCGAGAUGGCAAGUGUUUAUAGCUUGAUGAACACUACUGCAAAUAAUAUCGAGCUUGAUGAAGAUCAAGUCGGGUGGUUAUACUCGGGAGCUGUUGAUGCAGCUGAAAGUGUUCAGCAGUCUAGAGUGCCUGAUACAUGCUCCAACAAACGUCCUUUCAUGGGUGAUGAAAUGCAAGCUCUCAAGAGGCACUGCACUGGUUUAGCUAAGAAGUCCAAACCCAAGUCAGCCCCAGCCAAGGACCCUCAGAGUAUAGCAGCCAAGAAUCGAAGAGAAAGAAUCAGUGAGCGGUUGAAGAUAUUGCAGGAUCUAGUACCCAAUGGAGCUAAGGUUGAUUUAGUUACCAUGCUAGAGAAGGCCAUCAGCUAUGUCAAGUUUCUUCAGUUACAAGUGAAGGUGUUGGCAACCGAUGAAUUCUGGCCAGCUCAAGGUGGAAAAGCUCCUGAGAUUUCUCAAGUAAAAGAAGCCAUUGAUGCAAUUCUCUCAUCACAUAGAGACAAUAAUUCAAUCUCAAGCUCAAAAUAA